AUGCCGCGACCUCCUGCCACAACCGACACAGCAAAGCGCGGUCACCCUCCCAAGUCCGCCACCGGAGGCGCAUCAUCCGCGGCAACGUCCCGUCGAGGAGCCCAACCAUCCCGGCCCGCAGAUCCCUUCCUGUCAUCUGACGAGGAAGCAGAUCGAAGCAGAAUCGCCGACGCCGACCCGGACAGCGACGACGCCGUAGAGGUCCUGGACAGCGACAGCUACGACGUAGACGAUACGGCGAUGAGCGGUCGCGGCGCGGGGGGGAACGAUGAAGACGAAGAGCCGCCGGAGAAGGUGGUGCCGCCGGCGUUGGUGACAAGAUUGCUGCAGGAGAUGUUCCGGCGGGAGGGCACGCGGAUGACGGCGGACGCGAGCCAGGCGGCGGCGAAGUAUGUGGAUGUGUUUGUGAGGGAGGCUAUUGCGCGGUGUAUUCACGAGCGGGAGGGGGCUUUUCUGGAGGUUGACGACUUGGAGAAGAUUGCGGCGCAGUUGCUUCUGGACUUUUGA